AUGAAGUCAAUUCCGAAUAAAUCAUUGAAGUUCCCGUUCGUGGAUCUCAAGAAUGAGAUUGACUUUCCAAUCAAGUCAGAUUCAGGGUAUGAGGUAUACACAUUCUCCCAUAAUAGACAACUUUUUGUAUCUAAGAGAGAGGUUAUCGUUGUCAUAGGUUCAGUUAUCUCUAAACGACUAAGUUAUAAUGAUGACGUGGUAUCAGCCACUUAUACAUCAUUUAAGAACAUAGAUGAUGCAUUGGUGAUAUGUUUUCUGAAAUCGGCAAGGAUACUUUAUGAUGGUGGAAGGGUAUAUGUGGUAAGCUUUCCUUUUAUACUAAAAGCAGCAUUUCCAUUUGAAUCAGGUCUUAUAUUAGAAAAAGAUCAAAGUCAACAUUAUCCUCAAACUUCCGCAUUCCCUCAAUUAAGUUCUUCAAAAUUCCUAACUUUAGUUGAUCCAAUUGGUGAUUUCAGAAUCAUAACAACUUCUUCAACUUCAAUCAUAUCUAACAAUGAAGAAUUGAUGACGUUUCCGAUAAGUGGUCUCAAUAAAACAUCAUCAUUAUGUGCUACUUAUAAUCCGCAAGAUCAUACUGUCAAUGUUUAUAAUAUCAAGGCACCUUCAAGGGCCUCUAAAAAGCCAGAAGUUUCACAUAAUAAAUAUUCAAAGAGAAAGCAUUCAUUAUUAUCAACACCUAACCCUAAUAGAAUCCUUGAUGAAGACAUACAAUUUGAAGGAUCCACCAGCAGUAAUCAACAUGCAAUUUCAUUUAAUAUGGAGAAAAAGAGAACUAGUACAUUAUUAUCAGAUGCGUCAUCAAUGGCUAGAAUGAGUGGUGACCAUGAUCCAAAUAAAUUCAGAAUACCUGAAUUAAGAAAGGAUAUGAUUUUUACUAAAGUUGAUGUGUUGAAUGUCUCGGUAAAAAGUAAAUCAGCCUUAAAAGUAUAUGGCUUGUCAUUUGAAGACCAAGAAGCUAUUGUCGUUGUUAAUAAGAUUGAGAAAGAAGCAAAAGUGUAUAUAUAUAAACAAAAUAUUGUAUCAAGGUCUCAUACAUUCUAUUCUAUAGCUUGUAAUGACUGUAUUCCAUUAAGAAAUUCAAAGUAUAAAGGAUAUAUAGUUGUUUUAAAAACCAGCAAGUCGUUGUCUAUCGUGAAUCCCUUUUUAGAUAUUAUAUCAACCAGGCUUGAUCUAUCCUCAUCGGUGCAGAGUUUACGAACUUCUUGUGAAGAGAGAGUUAUACUUACAGAUACGCAUAAUAAAUUCUACUCCGUUAGAUUAGCAUUGGAGCCUACUAAUGCGUGUGUCGCUAGCUGUUUGAACUGUUUCAAAUACUUAUCAGGUUCAAAAAUUAAUGAGAGUAUUUGGAUGUUAUGGCGAACAGCUGUAAUGGUGGAAGAGACUAAAGAUGAAUGGAAAGCAUUUGUGAUAACGUUAUUAUCACUCAUUUACCCGUUUGAUAGUGAGGAAGUUCCAUCCAAAAACGAAAUCACACAACUUCUUCCACAAGCUAAAUUCUUGCAUCAAAUGUCCCAGUUCAAUUACGUUCUUGGAGAUCUUAUACCAUAUAUUACCAUUUCUUUGCAUUUAUUAAGAGAAGAACUCAGGUUAGAUCAGACAAGUAAGUCAAUUUUACAUGGUUUCAAUGUUUUACUCACACAACUAUGUACAUGGAUGGGAUGGCCAGAUAGUUGGACCAAAUACUAUAUGAUUGAUAUCAAAUCUAUAGAUACCAAUGUGAGGUUUCUACUGAUUUUAAUUUACGAAAAUCCUCCUAAUCUUUUUCAAUCAUUAGCCAGCUUAUUUGGUGAUAAUAUUAUCAGGUAUGUGACAUUUUCUCAACUAGUCGAAGAAGGUGACUCGAUCGAUGCCUUGAUCACUCCAAGAACAUAUUAUAUUCUUAAGCUUUUUGAACUUGUCGUAUCAUCAAAUUAUGGUCCAAAUGCAGUUGUAGACAUGAUGUGUGAAUACGGCUUAACUAAGGGAGAUUUAGAAACAUACCCUCCAGGUAUUGCCAUUCCAUUAAAGGAAGCAAUUCUGUUAUGUCAAGAGAAUCCAUCUUUUGAAUGGACUAACAAGGAGUUGGAAUUGGUUGGGAGAAAUGAUUUAAGUUUAACUGGUCAUAGCGUAAAGGUUGCUUCAUCUAUAUCAGAAAAUGAAGUACGAGAUAUAAAUCAACUUCUUUCACGUGUGUUGAGUCCCAAUGAAGGUUUGUCUGGUUGGGAUGGCCAAUCAGAAGCUGAUCGGAUUGGUAUCACUAAAUUGAUUUUUGAUUUUGAUAGAAGAUUCUUUGAGAUUACUACCUUAUUGCAUCAAACUAAGCUUCAGACUGCUUACUUGCUUCUUGAUGUUCGACAAUUAAACGAAUUUGUUUUGACAGAAAAACAAAGGGAGUUGGCAGCCUUAAUUGCCUUAAGAACAUUAACAAUUCCUCUUGGUAGAGCUAUUUUGUUUUACUCUGGAAGAAAGCCAUUGUUAACGGAGAAGUUCCCUAUACCAAAGUUUAACUUGAAUACUAUAAUUGCACCACAAAUGAAAAACAUAGUUAUCGAAGAUAGCUCGAUUCCGCAAAGAGUUUCUGAAUGGGGUCAUUUCCAUAAUGGUGCUUCAUCGGGAUUAAGUAUAAGUAAAGAAGCUAAAGGUAUAUCCGGAAGUUGGAUUAUCUUUAACAAACCACCUGAAUUAAAUGCUCAACAUGCUGGUUUCUUGUUGGGUCUUGGUUUGAAUGGGCAUUUGAAAAAAUUGGAAGAGUGGCAUAUCUAUAAUUAUCUUGGCCCAAAACAUCCACUGACUAGUGUUGGUUUACUUAUUGGUAUGGCAGCUAGUUCAAGAGGAACAAUGGAUAAUAAAUUAACAAAGGUAUUGUCGGUCCACGCUGUCGCUUUAUUACCUCAAGGGGCUAAUGAUUUAAAUGUACCAAUAGUAGUGCAAACCGCUGGGUUAAUAGGUAUUGGUUUAUUAUAUUUAGAAACUCAACAUCGUCGUAUGAGUGAAAUUUUAUUAACUCAAAUUACAAGUGCUGUUUAUCAAAACGAUACUGAACAGAUUCAUGAAGGUUAUAGAUUAGCUGCCGGUAUUUCUUUAGGGUUUAUUAAUCUUGGGAAAGGUGAUGAUUUAAGAGGUUUAAAUGAUACACAUGUUGUUGAUAAAUUGUUGUCUCUCGCAAUUUCAAUGAAAGAUUAUCAACCAGUUCAAGAACUAGAUAAAUCGUGUUGCGGAGCAGUUGUAGCAUUAGGUUUCAUUUACAUGAAGACUGAGAAUAUUGCAAUGGCUGAGAAAUUAAGAGUACCAAUGAAUGAACAACUAUUAGAUUACAUAAGACCAGACUUAUUAUUCUUAAGAUGUGUAUCUAGGAAUUUAAUUUUGUGGAGUAGCAUUUCGAAUAACGUGAAAUGGGUUGAAUCUCAAUUCCCUCCUACAUUAAACCAAAAUGUGGAUAAAUUAGAUAGUGAUUAUUUGGCAUAUUUUAAUAUUUUGGGUGGUACUUGUUUAUCAAUAGCAGUUAAAUAUGCUUCUACUCAUGAUAUUACAGCUCGUAAUACAUUGUUGCAUUACUUGGAUAAGUUAAUGUUGAUUACUUCGAACGAAACUGAUGGAUAUGAUCAGAAGCUGGCUUAUCAUUCGGCAUGUUGUAUUCAAAAUAUUAUUGCCUUAUCAUUAUCCGUUGUUAUGGCAGGUAGUGGAGAUUUAGAAGUUCUUAGAAGACUUCGUAUUUUAUAUAAUGAUACUAGCAAAGAAAUUGGUUAUGGUUAUUAUAUGGCCAUCAAUACCGCUUUAGGAUUCCUCUUUUUAGGAGGUGGUCAAUUUGCAUUUAGUAAUUCCAAUUUCUCAAUAGCAUGUUUAAUUGUUUCAUUAUAUCCAAUAUUUCCUAAUGAUGGAGGAGAAAUUGAAAUUCAUCUUCAAGCUUUACGUCAUUUCUGGUCAUUAUCAGUUGAACCAAGGUGUUUAAUCAUUAGAGAUGUCAAUACUCAGAAACCUUGUAAGCUUCCAGUUACAAUUUUGUUAAAGGAUGGUCAAGUAAUUGAAACAUUGUCUCCAUGUUUGUUACCUAAUCUUGAUAAUAUUGAAGCUAUUGAGACCAAGUCAUCUGAUUACUUCAAUACUCAAAUUGAUUUCCAAUUAAAUUCAGCAUAUUUAGAAGCAUUUAAAAAAUCAUUAACCAUCUUGGUGUAUAAAAGAAAGAAUUAUACUUUAUUACAACCAGAUGUGAGUACCCUUAUCAAGAAUGAAAAUAAAGCACUUCAAGUUGGUAAUGGAGAGAUCUCUAUCAAUGAUGAUAUGACCAAAUUGUUAAAACUUGAUGUGAUGCGUAGUCUCGGUGAUUUUGAAAGGAAACAAUUAGUGUAUGAAAGUAGUGAGAAUGAAGAUAAAUAUUUAUUUGCUCAAAAUGAUUUAUCAUUCUUUAAGAUCAUCGAUGAUAAUCUAGAUUUAGAGAAGAUGGCUAGAAACCCUAAAUCGAUUGAAGAUUUAUGGAAUUUAAGGUUAUUAUUUGCAUUUACUGAUAGUCUCUACAAAAAUGAUUUACAUUAUUUAUCAGUGGAGUUUAUAGAACAACUUAAACAACUCACAUGGAAGUUAUCCCAUUAA